AUGAAUGGCAUUAUUCAUCACUGUUCCCAUCCAAAUGAUACGGAUGCACAUUUUCGUGUUUCCGAAGACAAAAUUUUCCUUGAUAUAUUUAACUAUAUCGAUCAUUUAUUUACCAAAAUAAAACCGAAAAAACUAUUUUUUAUGGCCAUCGAUGGCGUUGCUCCAAGGGCCAAAAUGAAUCAACAACGUGCUAGACGUUUCAGAACCGCUAAAGAAUCCGCAGAAGCUGUCAAAAAAGCCGAAUCUAAGGGUGAAUCGUUGCCUAAAGAGGCGCCUUUUGAUAGCAAUUGUAUUACACCAGGCACAUUAUUUAUGGAAAAACUUUCACGCCAGCUCAAAUAUUUUGUAAAUAAGAAAGUAACAGAAGACUCGAAUUGGAGAAACAUUGAAAUAGUACUUUCUGGUCACGAAGUACCGGGUGAGGGAGAACAUAAAAUUAUGGAAUAUAUUCGUAACACGAAAGCCCAAGAGAAUUACAAUCCCAAUGUUAGACAUUGCCUUUAUGGAUUGGAUGCUGAUUUAAUUAUGCUUGGACUUUUAAGUCAUGAUCCACAUUUUGCUUUACUCAGAGAAGAGGUCACUUAUGGACCAAGUAGCAGAAAGAAAAAAACAGGACGGGUUGAAUCUCAAAAUUUCUACCUCAUGCAUUUAUCAUUAAUGCGUGAAUAUUUGGAUCUUGAGUUCGGAGUACUUAGGGAUAAUCUUCCUUUUGAAUAUGAUCUCGAAAGAAUAAUAGACGAUUUUGUCUUGUUAGCAUUAUUUGUCGGCAACGAUUUUUUACCACAUUUGCCCAAUCUUCAUAUAGCUGAAGGGGCACUUGGUUUGAUGUUUCACGUGUAUAAAUCAGUUUUACCGGAUGCCGGUGGUUAUAUUAAUGAUGGAGGGAAAUUAGAAUUGAGCAGACUUGAGAUGAUAUUUAAAGUAUUAUCUAAUUUUGAAAGAAAUAUUUAUGAAGGUAAUAUGGAAGAUUUAAAAUGGUUUAAAGGAAAGAGGAAAUUUCCGGAUAUGUUGGAGAAAGAUAAAAAAAAGAAAUUAAUACUAACGCCAAAACAAAGAGAAAUCUAUGAUCAGGUCAAAAAAUUAGUAGUAUCACGUUCUUCGGAAUCAAUUCACUUUCCUGUUGAUUAUCCCGCAAGAGAUCGUAAUUUUAUACAGAAUCUUGCUAAAGACUUUGGUAUCAAAUGUUUAUCUGGAUACGAUGAAGUUGCGGAAGAAAAACAUUUAUACGUUGAAUAUGGUUCAGAAGAUGGGUCAGACAAUGAAAUGAGACAUAAGACUUUUAAGAAAUAUGAAGAGGCAAAUAUUGUUGAUGAUGGUGAUGUCGAAGCAUCUGAAGAAAGAGAAAGACAGAAUGAAGAAGAUAAAUUUAUUAAGUGGAAGAGAGAUUAUUAUGGAAAUAAACCAAAGAUUGAUUAUGACGAUCCAGAACAGUUGGAUAGAAUUGUCGGUUCAUAUAUCGAAGGAUUACAAUGGGUUUUGCAUUAUUACUACAGGGGUGUGGCAUCUUGGGGAUGGUUCUAUCCAUACCACUACUCGCCAAAGAUUUCAGAUUUACAUGAUUUGGAGAGAUUCAAUAUUAAUUUUGAAAUUGGAAGGCCAUUCAAGCCGUUUGAACAAUUAAUGGGUGUAUUGCCCGAAGGAAGUAAAAAUCUUAUACCCAUUCCAUAUCAGGAUUUGUUGACUAAUCCUAACUCUCCAAUAAUAGAUUUUUAUCCCCAAGAAUUCGAACUUGAUAUGAAUGGUAAAAAGCAGGAUUGGGAAGCGGUAGUUAAUAUACCAUUCAUUGAUCAAAAAAGAUUAGUCGCUGCUUUGAACGACAAGGAAGACGAAUUGUCCGAAGAAGAAAAGCAAAGGAAUAGUUUUGGUGACAGCCUUUUGUUUACAUAUGAUCCAAGUCUGGACGAAAAUUACCCUUCUUCAUUACCAGACAUUGAACAUUGUAAUUGUCGUACUGAACCUUAUCAUCUCCCAACUUUGGAUGGUCUGAAGCUUUUAAAAGGGCUUUGUAACGGAGCUCGAUUGGGGGUUGAAGCAAUGGCUGCAAAUAACAAUCACGUCAUUCAAACGUUAUAUAGAAACGAAACUAUGGUUAUUACAUUAAUUAAUCAAUUUGCAGAUAUGUCAACUGAUGAUUUGGCUCGUGAAAAACUUGGCAAGAGGAUAUUUGUUGGUUGGCCUUUUCUUCAAGAGGGAACAUUACAAGCUAUAUCUGAUGAAACCUUUAAAUACGUGUGGUACACACCACCCAAUGGGCAAUCUUAUGUUGACAAAUAUCCCCAUAAACAAGAAGAUUGGCGACGGAAGGCCGAUAAAUGCGAACAAGUGUAUAGUAAAAGAUAUGGGACAGUAACUGGAACAGUGGAUGUUAUUGCUCAUGUUUCGGUGCUUAAAGGUAUGAAAAGAUUGCAAAGUGGCGCUUUAGUUAAAGAAUAUGCUAACGCUGGGGAGGAGAUCGAUUAUGCAAUGCAAACGACAGUGGAUGGUGUUGAAUGUGAGGAUCCUAGAUAUAAAGAAAAACCUGCUAUUUCAUUAGCCGAGGAGUUUCCAAUUGAAACUCGACUAUUUUAUUUGGGUAGUCCUUAUUAUGGAAGUCCUGGAAUCAUAAUUCAACAUACUGAUAAGUUCCUGUCCGUAAAGAUGAUUGUUGAUAAAAAUUAUCAAAAAGAACCAGAUUUCGGUCCAGAAAUUGCAAGAAAAUUUUCUAGUCGGACCAAAUACCUUCCUUCAUAUGCCGUUGCUAAAAAAUUGGGUAUGACUGGUUUAACUUUAAGCAAAUUGACUGCCAGUUUGCAUGUUAGUUGUAAAUCAACCGAUCAGCGUAUCAAUCUUGGCCUUAAUUUAAAAUUUGAGGCAAAGAAACAAAAGGUAUUGGGAUAUACCAGGAAGACCAAAGAUUCUUGGGAGUAUAGCGAAAGAGCAAUGCGCAUUUUGGCAGAAUAUAAGGAUAAAUUCCCAGAAUUUAUUCAAGCUUUAGAACAUAAGCAUAAAGAUGAAAUAUAUACUGCAGAAGACUUUUAUCCCAAAGAAGAAGCCGUGUCCAAAAUCCAUGCUAUCAAGGAUUGGCUUAGAACCGUUGAAGUAAGGGAUUUUGAAAAGGUAUCAUUGGAUGCAGAGCAAUUAGAUAAGGAAGCGAUAAAAGAUAUAGAAAAAGCAGCUGAUGAGUUUCUUGAACAACGUAAACUCACUAAAAUUGAAGUUAAAAAAUUAUUGCGACAUCAAUUAUUAAAACCAUCUCAUGCAUCAACGAUAUUGCAAAACCAAAAUUUCAACCUCGGUGAUCGAGUCGUUUUUGUUAAAGACACCGGAAGUGUACCCAUCGCAUCAAAAGGUACAAUCGUUGGAAUUGAAAAAACCAAUAUCGAUGUGGUCUUUGAUACCACGUUUAUGAGUGGGUCCACGUUAAGCGAUAGAUGUUCAAAUUAUCGAGGAAUGACCGUUCCUUCUAACUCUUUACUUAACUUGUCAAGGCCACAAUUCCUUGAUCGUCAUCCAAAUAAUGGAAAUGGUGGUGGAUCAAGACAUGGAUCAAGUUCUUAUUAUCAAUCGACAGUUCAAAAUGGACAUAAUAUGUUUCAUAAUUCAUACCCUCAUUAUAAUUCCUACUCGAAUCGUGGAAGUGGUAGAGGCGUUGUGCAUUCUUCGAAUAAUCACCCUACGAAUGGUUCAUAUCAUCGUCCUCGUGGAUCGAAUGGUUACAUAUCAACGCAUCAAAAUCGAUCACGUUCAGCUGGUUCACAAUCUUCUACAAAAUAUAUAGGAGGAGCCGUUGUUUAUCGUGGCUUUAAUGGUAAUUCAAGAGGUUCAAAUGGGAACGGUUCUUUAUUUAGAGGUCGUGGAGGACAUUUUGGUAAUGGUUUACCAUCACGAGGGCGUGGAAGAGGUGAUGGGAAAACAUAA